UUGUCAGGCAGCGUUCAUUGAACGCAUGCGCAUUGCAUCCACUAUCCAGCUCAAAAUAAGAGUUAAAACUGAAACGAGGAGGAGGAGAGCAGGGAGAGAUGACUGACACCCCGCCCAGCGAUGGCCCCUCCCAGGGGGCAGAGUUUGACAUGAUGGGCGCUCUGGACUGGCAGGAUGGCAUCGCCACACUGCCCGGCAGCGACAUCAAGUUCCGUAUGACAGAGUUUGGAACUUUGGAGAUCGUGACAGAGCCAGAGGUCAAAGAGGCAGGACCAACCCCCCAGAACCCCGCCCAGUUGAAAAGCCCCACCCCUCCACCAGAGGCCCAAUCAGAGAGCAGCGCAGCCUCUUCUGCAGCCAAGGAAGUCCAGCCACUUGCAGCUAAGGCUCAAGGCCCUGUGCUUCUGUCUCUAGAGGAGGGUCCCACUGUGGAGGAGCCCAGUGCGGAGGCGGGCCCCAGUGCGGAGGCGGGCCCCAGUGCGGAGGCGGGCCCCAGUGCGGAGGCGGGCCACAGGGCUGCGAUGGCUAGCUGUAGGUCGUGUGGGGGCUCCGGUCCACUGGAGAGUUUCCUCCAGGGCAAAUACUGCAGCUCCAUUUGUGUCCAGCCCUCCAGUGGCAGGUCAUCACCCGGAGAGCGGCGGGAGAGAGAUGGGGGGGAGGGGGGACUGGGGAAACGAGUGAGGAAGAAGAGGAAGAUCUACAUGGACUCUGGUGAUGAAGAGGAAGACAACCAGGAGGAGGAAGAGGACAAGGCCAAGGCUGUCAAAGGGAGGAGAGCUGCUAAGCUGGCCAAGCUAGUGACAGCCCCACCCAAUAAGAAGCGACCCUGGAGCUGGCCCUCCUACAUGGAGGAGGAGAAGGCUAUAGCUGCCCCCCUUAAACUGUUCAAGGAGCACCAGUCGUUCCCUCAGAGCAGGAAUGCCUUCAAAGUGGGAAUGAAGUUAGAAGGACUGGACCCCUGUCACCCCUCUCUGUUCUGUGUGCUCAGUGUUGCUGAGGUCCAGGGUUAUAGGGUAAGGCUUCAUUUCGACGGGUAUCCAGAGUGCUAUGACUUCUGGGUAAAUGCUGACACCUGGGAUGUGAAGCCGGCGGGCUGGUGUGAGAAGAUGGGACACAAGCUGCUACUGCCUAAAGGUUGUAAGGAUGGGGAGUUCAACUGGAACAUGUAUGUGAAGAACUGCAGAGGUCAGCUGGCCCCCAAACACCUCUUCAAGAGCCUCAACACGUCGGUGACUCCGUCAGGGUUCCGUGCGGGUAUGAAGCUAGAGGCGGUGGAUAAGAAGAACCCAUAUCUGAUCUGCGUAGCGUCCAUCGCGGCUGCUGUUGACAACAGACUCCUCAUACACUUUGACAACUGGGACGACACCUAUGACUACUGGUGUGAUGCCAGCAGUCCCUACAUCCACCCUGUAGGUUACUGUGAGGAAGCUGAGCUGACCCUCACCACCCCUGCUGAGUAUAAGCACCCGAGGAGUUUUUCCUGGGAUAAAUACAUGGAGGAGACUGGGACACAGGCAGCCCCUGCACGUGCCUUCAAACUGCGUCCGUGCCAUGGGUUCCACGCUGGAAUGAAGCUGGAAGCCGUCGAUAAGAGGAAUCCCAUGCUCAUCCGCGUAGCAACCAUCGCCGAGGUGGAGGACCACCGACUGAGGAUCCAUUUUGAUGGCUGGAGUGAGGAGUAUGACUACUGGGUGGAUGCUGACUGCCCAGACCUCCACCCUGUGGGCUGGUGUCAGAAGACUAGUCAUCCCCUACAACACCCCUCCAAUGGCUCCACUGAUAUGCUGGUCCUCCCAGGGCAGGGCUGUCCUACCCCAGGAUGCAAUGGGGUUGGUCACAUCCGAGGACCCCGCUACGGAACCCACUACACGGGGGUGAGCUGUCCGUACUCGGAGAUGAACCUGAACAGGGAGGGCCAGGUACCAGACCGUCUGAGUGGAGAACGACCUAUGACCCUGAGUGGGCCUCAUCACCAUGGGCAACGCCCAGACCCUCCUUCACACACCCAGACAAACAGCCCCACCACACCGGAGCAGCCCGAGCCUGCAGACGACUCCCCUCAGACCAGUGUAACUAGGGGGCCGAUGGUUUACGAGGGCGAACGAUCCAGGUGCAGCAGUCAGAGUGAGCCACCAGGGGGCUCCACUGAGCCCAUCAACGACGGAGCCAAGGCCAAGAGGUCUGCUCCAGUCCCAAAGUAUCUGAAGCUGCACGUCGUCAAGCAGGAGAAUGGAGAUGGGAAAGACUCCCUGUCUCUCCAGCAGGCGCUCCAUGAGUCAGUGUUCUCCCCAGGUGGCUCCUCCUCUCCCCCUCACAGGGUGGCUCUGUGCUGGGACAAACACUGCCAGCUGCUCCCUGAGGUCCUGGGCCUCACAGCUAAGAGAGUUGCAACCUGGACCGCCGACGAGGUGGCCAGUUUUGUCAAAGGGCUCCCGGGCUGCAAAGAGCAUGCUGCCACCUUCAGGACAGAGCAAAUGGAUGGAGAGGCCUUCCUGCUUCUCACCCAAGCAGACAUAGUCAAGAUCCUGUCAAUCAAACUAGGCCCCGCCCUCAAGAUAUACAACGCCAUACUCAUGCUGAAGAACGCUGAUGAGGAGUGAGACGCCCCCUCACGCUUCAUUUCCUCCCACACCCGACCAAUGUAUCUGAAUAGUCUAAUAGUCUAGAGAAGUUUCAUCUCCUUUCUUUGCCUCCUCACCUUAUCCUCUUUGGUUUUCAUCUGCACUGAUCUGAGCCCGCAGGAUAGGUCAGAGCAACGUAAUGGAUGGCCACCAGGAAUCUGCUUUCAGCUAUCCUGUUCUUCCACAUCAGUGUAGAGGAGUAGAGAGGAUACAGAGAGGAUGUACCUGGUGUCAGUGUAGAGAGGAUACAGAGAGAAUGUACCUGGUGUCAGUGUAGAGGAGUAGAGAGGAUACAGAGAGGAUGUACCUGUGGUGUCUGUUGGAAGAUCUUAAUUGCAUACUCCUCGCGUCCUCUCCUCGUCUCCUCAAAACCCAUUGGAUGAGAGGACACGAGGAGAGAGGACGCGAGGAGUAUGCAAUUGAGAUCUUACCUGUCAGACAGACAACCCAAGAAAGUGUUUUAUACUAUAACAUAGCAACAAUUAAAAUUUAAAGGGGCAAUCCGGAGUUGAAACAAUAACAAAGCAGUAACCCCACCACUGUUUUGGCCAAAAGCUGAGGGAGGGAUGGGGCUGGAGAAAUGUUACCGCUCUCAAAUUCAUAGACAGAACUAUUUAUACAAGGACUGACCAUCAUCAAAAUGAUAGUUUGAACCAUGUUUUGAGGCUAUACAGUGUUGGUUUACAUGUACUUUGUUUACCAACAUUGAAGAUGAACAAGCUUAUAUUUGGUGUUUUGGGGUUCUGAUUGGGUACGACAGUUGAACUAAGCUCAUGAGGCAUUUAUAAGAUAUUCUUUGAGAAUCAAUGGGUAUAUAUAAAACAAAAUGUAUGUAGCAACUGCAGAUUGCCCCAUUAACUUAAAUGUUUUUCUGAGUGAGUAAGAAAUGAGCAGUGGGCACCUUUAAAGUAUUGGUAUUGAAUUCAAUUUUAAGGUAGACUCAGUGAAAUGAUGUUGCCACGAGCAGCACCACAGAUAUUGAGAUGAGUGAGAUGCAAGACUUCGCUCACAGUCACACACAGUAUCUGCGAACAGGAGGCUGGUGGCUCUUUAAUUGGGGGAAACAAGCUCAUAGUAACGGCUGGAACGGAAUCAAUGGAAUGGUAUUGGUUUCCAUGUGUUUGAUAGCGUUCCAUUCACUCCAUUCCAGACAUUACUAUGAGCCGUCCUCCCCUCGGAUGUGGAUGGGUUCGCUUCACACUGUUCCCUGGCCUGGCUACCGGGAAUCAAAACAGCGGAGAAGUUGAGCCUCGCGCUUUAACGCUCGUAGUUGUUGUGGGAAUUGAUCCACUAUGCUGUUUACUUUCAGCAUCUACGUCAUAUUGCUGCGUCAACCUUUAAUAUUAUAAUUUUUUUAAAUCUGCUUUUAUUUUAAAUUGUUGAGGAAAUGGUGCUCAGCCCUGAGCAAAUGGAACCAGAUUAGUCCAUACAUGUUUUUACUUGAAUACUUGUUGAUUUAUUAUUUUUGUUGUGAAAGAAAAUCACCAUGUAGUUUACCUCUCUGCCAGAUGGAUACAUUCCUCUACAUGUCCAGGGCAGGAAGAGGUUGGCACAUCUCACGGCUUGGGUGGAGGGAGAGGAUUGAUUUGUGUGUGUGUGUGUGUGUGUGUGUGUGUGUGUGUGUGUGUGUGUGUGUGUGUGUGUGUGUGUGCGCCAGUCAGAUGUUUAUUUAAAAGGGUGAAUGUUAUAGCAUUGGAACUUUAAGGAAAGCUGGACUUCAGGACUAAUUCAACUGAAGAGAGAUGUUUUUCUAUGUACCUGCUUUAGAGCUAAUGGUAAAACACUAAUGAAAUUGGAAUGUAAAGAAAGGAAGAGAAAAUUCAUCAAUUUGUUCUGAAUGAAUAUUGUUUCCUGUUUCAUUUGGUCUGAUUGAUCUUUGUGUACACAGUGUAAAUAGUGUAUUAUAGCUCUGGGGUUGUGACACACCCUGCAUCCCUAUAGGAAGUGGUUAUUUGGAAGCUUAUGCAAAUCAAUACCAAUCUUUUCCAAGAAAUUAAAAAUGUAUUUUUUUUUUAUUGAACUGAGGAAUUCAUCUUUUAAAGCCUUAGUGAAAUUUUGUAAACAAAUUUUUCCGUCAAUGUCCUCCAUGUAACAAUAUAGUUUAUAUUCAAAACCAGGAUUUCUGUAUUUUAAUUUAAGGGGCAUUGAUAAGUGCUGUUGACUUGUGAGAUGGUGUGAGUUGUGAAGGUGCAUGUUGGCUUGUGUUUGCUGGAGUGUGUGAGUGGAAUGGAAUAAAUGAAAUGCAGUCUU